CGGCUGCAUUUUGGAGCUCACCCCGUUGGUUCCGGGCGCCUCUCUUGUUGUAGCCUGUGCAGAUGGGUUUGUGGGUUUUGUGCUGGGGGAGCGGGCCAUGGGGGAAGCGGAGCAGAUUCACUACGUCUGCAGCUGUGACCUGGACGUCAACGUGCAGCUGAAGAUAGGAAGUUUGAAAGGGAAGAGAGAACAGAAGAGCUACAAAGCUGUCAUAGAAGACCCAGUGCUGAAGUUUUCAGGGUUGGUCCAAGAGACAUGCUCCGACCUCUAUGUUACAUGUCAGGUUUUUGCAGAAGGGAACCCUCUGGCGUUGCCAGUGAGAACAUCCUACAAGGCCUUUAGUACCAGGUGGAACUGGAAUGAAUGGCUGGAACUACCUGUGAAAUACCCUGAUCUGCCCAGGAAUGCCCAAGUGGCCCUGACUAUAUGGCGUGUAUGUGGACCAGAAAGAUCAGUGCCGGUGGGAGGGACAACUGUCUCCCUGUUUGGAAGAUACGGAGUGUUUCGCCAAGGAAUGCAUGACUUGACAGUCUGGCCGAACGUGGAGGCAGAUGGGGCUGAGCCCACGAGAACUCCUGGCCGGACAAGCAGUACUCUCUCGGAAGACCAGAUGAGCCGCCUUCCCGAGCUCACCAAGACUCCUUGGCAAGGAUAUAUGGUGCAAGUAGACUGGCUAGAUAAGCUGACAUUUCAAGAGAGAGAAAUGAUCAGUGAGAGCGGAAAACGAAGUUCUAAUUGCAUGUACUUGACGAUUGAGUUUCGCUGUAUCAAGUGUGAUGACAAAGAAUACAGUAUUGUUUACUAUGGAAAGGAGCCAUUGUCAUUCAGAGAUGUGGCCGUAUACUUCUCCCAGGAGGAGUGGGAAUGCCUGGACCCUGCUCAGAGGGCCUUGUACUGGGACGUGAUGUUGGAGAACUACAGCAGCCUGGUUUCUGUGGGUAUGAUUGUGGGUAAACCAGACCUGGUCACCUGUCUAGAGUAUAAUAAAGAUCUGGGGAAUGUGGAGAGAGAAGAGACAGAAGCCAAACAGCCAGAUACUUGUAUUGGAAAAGAAACAUAUCUAGACCAUAAGUUUCUGAAUGAGAUACAUUAUGGAUCAAAACCUAUUAAUCAUCUGCAAAUUAAUUUUACAGAGAAAAGUUCUUGUGCAAAAGACUUGGGUCACUGUUCAGAGCUUACUGUCCAAGAGCAUAUCAAUAUUCAAGAGAAACCUUAUGAAGAUAAAGAUUGUGAGAAAUCUUUAAAUGUACAUUUCAGCUUGAAUCAAAACCACAGACCUUUCACAGGGAAGAAACAACUCAGAGGUAAAGACUGUAAUGAAUAUUUUGCUUACUCUCCAAAUAUCCUUUUGCACCAAACAAUCACCAGGGAUGAGAAGCCAAAAAAAAGCAAGAAGUGCAGAACCUAUUUAAAUACUUGCUCAGAUUUCACUGGACAAUUGAGAACCCAGAAUGAAGAAAAACUCUACAAAUGCACAAAAUGUGGUAGGUCCUUUAAGACGUCUUCAUGCCUUAAUAACCAUUACAGAAUCCAUGCUGGAGAGAAACCUUUCAAAUGUAGGGAAUGUAACAAAUUCUUUACCUGGUUCUCAAGUCUAAUGAGACAUCAGAGAAUUCAUACUGGAGAGAAACCUUUCAAAUGCAAGGACUGUGACAAAUCUUUUAAUCUGUUCUCAAACCUUAGAACACAUCAAAGAAUUCAUACUGGAGAGAAACCUUUCAAAUGCAAGGAAUGUGACAAAUCCUUUACCCAGUUUUCUCAUCUAAUCACACAUCAGAACAUUCAUACUGGAGAGAAGCCUUUUCAAUGCCAGCAAUGUGAAAAGUCCUUUACGCAAGUCUCACAUCUUAGAACACACCAGAAAAUUCAUACUGGAGAAAAACCUUUCAAGUGUAAGGACUGUGGCAAAUCCUUUACUUUGUUAUCAAAUCUUAGAACACAUGGGAGAAUUCAUACUGGUGAGAAACCCUACAGAUGUAAAGAAUGUGGAAAAUCCUUUUCUCAUUGUUCAUACCUUAGAAUACAUGAGAGAACACAUACUGGAGAGAAACCUUUCAAAUGUAAGGAAUGUGAAAAAUCCUUCUACCAGUUGUCACAUCUUAGAUCCCAUCAGAAAACUCAUACUGGAGAGAAAGCUUUCAAAUGCAAGGAAUGUGAUAAGUUAUUUACCCAUUAUUCAUCAUUGAGAAGACAUCACAUAAUUCACACUGAAGAGAAACCCUACAGCUGUAAAGCAUGUGGUAAAUCCUUUAACAGGUUGUCAAAUCUUCAUACCCAUCAGAAAAUCCAUACUGAAGAGAAAUCAACACAGUAAAUUCUCUCUGAAUUAAGACUGCAUACAGCUAUUUUAAAAAUCAGGAAUAUGGGGGUUGAAGAGAUGGUGUAGUAGUUAAGGCACUUGCCUGCAAAGACUAAGGACCCAGGUUCAAUUGCUCAG